AAUGGAUCAAUAUUUACGCAACCGAAGAAGAUACGAUCAGGAUCAACUACUUCGCUUCGAAGGGUUUCUGCAAUUUUCUUUUUUGUAAUUUCAACGAAUUUGGACGCAAAUUUAUUCCUUAAUACUUACCUUCUUCCAUGAACUUUUCUGUGGACGAUGUUCAUCUCUCUCUACGUUUAUUCUGCUUCUGAAAUUUUGUGAAUACACCCGACUUUUUUGAUGCCCAGAGGGACAAACAAGAUAAUCUCAGUCUUGAAUUUCACUCCUACGGGAUUGAAUGAUCGAGGUGGAACGAAUUGGAGGAUUGAAUUUUAGGGUUUCAGAUUUCUUGUUCAGUAGUUAUUGGCUGGAGUUGAAACCUGGGGAGUACAACCUCUCGAUUACGGCGCUGUUUUUGUUGCGCUGACUGGCUGGUGCCGUAUUGGCGCUCUCGGAGAAUGGAUGAUAUGGAUAUUGGUUCCCCUUCUGAAUCCACGCCACUUAAGCCGCGUGAUCGAAUUCUACGGCGGCUUGCUGUACUUGGAGUUCCUGAUGAGCUAUUGGAUCAACUUUUUCGUGGUCUAGUUAUUUUUGUUAAGGACAACAAGUUUCUCAUACCGCAGCUGGUAUCUGCAAUUUUGCCUACUGAUGUCGAAGUGGUAGAAGUUAUACGAGAUGCUAUACCAGGGUCCAAAAAAACUCUAACAGGCCCAACCAUGAAAGCUCACUUCCGUGAAAGCAUGAUGUGGUUACAGUGGUUGAUGUUUGAAGGUGAACCAGCUUAUGCUCUGAAGAACCUGUCAAAAAUGAGUGUUGGCCAGCGUGGUGUAUGUGGUGCUGUUUGGGGACAUAAUGAUAUAGCUUAUAGAUGCCGAACUUGUGAACAUGACCCAACUUGUGCAAUUUGUGUCCCUUGCUUUCAGAGUGGAAACCACCAGGACCAUGAUUACUCCAUAAUUUAUACAGGUGGUGGUUGCUGUGAUUGUGGUGAUGCGACGGCAUGGAAGCGGGAGGGGUUUUGCUCAAAGCAUAAAGGUGCAGAACAAAUACAACCACUUCCAGAAGAAUAUGUUAAAUCUGUAGGGCCUAUACUUGAUGCACUCUUCACGUCUUGGAAAAAAAAACUCUUAUCUGCAGAAGAUAUUAGCGUGGAAGACCCUAAAUUGAGUGAUCGUGUUACAGAGCAUAAAAAGGUUGCAAAUGAGUUAACAUUUGCUGUGGUGGAGAUGCUUUUAGAUUUCUGCAAGCACAGUGAAAGCUUACUCAGCUUUGUUUCAAAGAGAGUGAUUUCUUCAGCUGGCUUGUUGGAUAUUUUGGUGAGGUUAGAGAGGCUGUUAACUGAUAGUGUAGUGAAGAAAGUCCAUGAGUUGCUUCUUAAAUUGCUGGGAGAGCCUGUAUUUAAAUAUGAAUUUGCAAAAGUUUUUUUGAAUUAUUAUCCUACUGUUAUCAGUGAAGCUAUAGAAGACAGUAGUGACCAUGCUCUUAAAAAGUAUCCACUAUUGCCGACUUUCUCGGUGCAAAUAUUCACUGUUCCAACACUUACUCCUCGUUUGGUGGAGGAAAUGAACCUAUUGUCUAUCCUUUUGGGAUGCUUAGAAGAUAUUUUCAUUUCUUGCGUAAGCGAAGAUGGUCGCUUGCAGGUUGUAAAGUGGAGUAAUUUGUAUGAAACCACCAUUCGUGUAGUUGAAGAUGUCAGAUUUGUUAUGAGUCAUGCUGUAGUGCCCAGAUAUGUAAUCUAUGAGCAGCAGGAUAUCCUAAGAACUUGGUUGAGACUGCUGACUUUUGUGCAAGGAAUGGAUCCUCAGAAGAGAGAAACAGGCCUCCAUAUAGAAGAAGAAAAUGAAAAUGUCCAUUUGCCUUUUGGUUUAGAUCAUUCUGUUGCUAACAUUCAUUCUCUAUUGGUGAAGGAAGCAUUUUCUGCUGCUAGUAGUAGUUGUGAAGAUACAGCUGAUGGAAUGUAUUUCCAAACAUACAAGCAGAACGUAGAUGAUAUAGAUAGUGUUAGACAUGCAAAAGUUGGACGUCUAUCACAGGAAAGUGCUGCAUGUGGUGUAUUGGGAAAGAGUAGUACAUCCACAUCUGCAUCAAGAGUUGAUGAAGUGUGUUCCGAUGCAAUAUCAUCAACUAUUAUGUGGCUGACUUACGAGUGUUUGAAGAUUAUUGAUAAUUGGUUGGGAACUGAAAAUAUAUCUGGAAGCAUUCCGAACAUGCUUGGUGAGAGCAUUAGUCCAGCCCCUAGUUGCAAAUUUUAUUCAUCGAGAAAAACGUCUGCCCUGGCAUCAAAGAAAAUGUCAUACAAGAUGGAGAAGGGUAAAUUUAUUUUUGACAAGCUUUCUAGAAGAAGUAAAUACCAUAAUAGACAAUAUUCCUCACGUAUGUACAGUGGCCUUCAAAUGAGUAUUGACAAUGAGCAUGGUAUAAGUCUUGGAGAAGACAACCACUUGAUGGAUGUGACCAAUGACACGGUCACUGAUGAAGACUAUGCCAUGGAGAUUGAUGCUCUGCAUUUCCUAAGCUUAUCUUCUUGGCCAAACAUUGUCUAUGAUGUUAGUUCACAGGACAUAUCUAUUCACAUCCCAUUACAUCGGCUGCUUUCCUUGCUUUUACAGAAGGCAUUGAGUAGCUGUUUUAGUGAAUCUGGGGUGCCAAGUGCAACAGGUGCUAGUUCCUCAAAUUUGUCGUCUGAAUAUGUGGACUUCUUUAAAAGUGUUCUUACAGACUGUCAUCCAUACGGUUUUUCUUCAUUUGUUAUGGAGCAUCCUCUACGCAUUAAAGUUUUUUGUGCUGAGGUUAAUGCUGGAAUGUGGCGGAGGAAUGGAGAUGCAGCCCUAUUGUCAUGUGAGUUGUAUCGAUCGAUCCGGUGGUCAGAACAAUGUCUGGAGCUUGAUCUCUUUCUAUUGCAGUGUUGUGCGGCAAUGGCUCCACCUGAUCUUUAUGUCCGUAGAAUUUUAGAACGCUUCCGUUUAUCAGAUUAUCUCUCACUGAAUGUUGAACGCCCUAGUGAGUAUGAGCCUAUUUUAGUGCAAGAGAUGCUCACAUUAAUCAUACAAGUAGUCAAUGAAAGGAGAUUUUGUGGACUUACAAUUGCUGAAAGCUUGAAGAGAGAGUUGAUUUACAAGUUGGCAAUUGGAGAUGCUACUCAUAGUCAACUUGUGAAAGCACUCCCUCGUGAUCUUUCCAAAUGUCAUCAGCUGCAGGAAAUUUUAGAUACAAUUGCUGUCUAUUCCAAUCCCUCUGGAUUUAAUCAGGGGAUGUAUUCUUUACAUUGGAAGUAUUGGAAAGAGUUGGAUCUGUACCACCCUCGUUGGAGUUUACGGGACCUGCAGGUCGCUGAAGAACGAUAUUUGAGGUCAUGUGGUGUAUCUGCUUUGACUUCACAGCUACCUAAAUGGACAAAAAUCUAUCCUCCUUUUAGAGGAUUGGCUAGAAUAGCUACUUGUAAAACAGUCCUUCAAUUCAUUCGCGCUGUACUGUUUUAUUCUGUUUUUGCUGAGAUAUCAACUAAAUCACGGGCUCCAGAUAGUGUUCUGUUAAGUGCUCUGCACUUGCUAGCGUUGGCAUUGGACGUCUGCUUUCAGCAGAAGGAAUCAAGAGAUCAAUCGUUUGAUGCUCCAGAUUCUAUUCCUUUGCUUCUUUUUGCUGCCGAAGAAAUUGAGGAGGGUUUGGCAUAUGGUUUUGGCAGACAAAGCUUAUUAUCACUUCUUAUUUUGCUAAUGAAAAUGCACAAAAAGGAAGGUCGAGAAAAUUUGUUGGAGGCUGGAAGUUGCAACCUAUCCUCUCUGGUUGAAAGCUUGUUGAAGAAAUUUUCUGAGAUUGAUUCUCAUUGCAUGGGAAAAGUCCAGCAACUUGCUCCUGAAAUUCUUGGUUACUUGUCUCAAUCUGUGCCUACUAGUACUACUAGUAGACCGGCCGAAACUUCUGAUAGUGAGAAGCGGAAGGCAAAGGCUCGAGAGAGACAAGCUGCUAUAUUGGAAAAAAUGAGAGCCGAGCAAUCUAAAUUUUUGGCCAGUGUUGAUGCCUCUGUGGAUGACGAUGAUACAGAAUUUGGGCAAGAACCUGAAAAACCCAAUGUCAGUGACGAUGCUGAACAAUCUGAAACAGUUUGCUCGCUUUGCCAUGAUUCUAGUUCCAGUGUUCCUAUUUCUUUUCUGAUUCUUUUGCAGAAAUCGAAGCUCGUGAGUUUAAUUGAUCGAGGUCCUGUAUCAUGGGAUCAACCUUACUGGAGAGAUGAACAUGCCUCAACAACGUCAAAAAGGGACAUUGAUCAAUCAGGAGUAAGCACCUCCUCUGCAGGUUCAGUAGUGAUUUCAUCGCCACAGUUAGCAGAGCUCAUUCAGAAUGCAGUAAAAGAAUAUACCAACCAUGGACUACCUGGGGAAGUUGGCGCUUUCCUGGAUUUUCUGAAGUCUCAUUUUCCUCCCCUACGAGACAUUCAAGUGCCUGGUACAUCAAAUGUUAAAGGAGAAAAGAUAAUAUUCAGCUUUGAUACUUUGGAAGAAGAUAUUUAUCUAUCUGUUUUCAAAGAAAUGCAUGAUACUCUGCAUUCUAAAUUUCACGAGGGUGAAAAAAUUUCUACAGUUGCAAGUGGAGAAGAUUCUAGGUCUGUGCUGCAUGUAAAAUAUAUAGCUGCUCUAUCAAGAGAACUGGCAGAAAAUCGUUCAACUUCUGAAAGUGCUCGUAAUGUUCACAUGCCGGUAGAAUCUUCGCAGCCUACCAUAUUGAAUGAAAUUGGUCCUAUAGAUUGUGAUGGAAUUUAUCUUUCUUCUUGUGGGCAUGCUGUGCAUCAAGGAUGUCUUGAUAGAUACUUAUCUUCAUUGAAGGAAAGGUUUGCUCGAAGAAUUGUAUUUGAAGGAGGGCAUAUUGUUGAUCCUGAGCAGGGAGAGUUCUUGUGCCCGGUGUGCAGACGUCUUUCAAAUUCCACUUUACCUGCAUUUCCUAGGGAAUUUCAGAAGAUUUGGAACCCAAGGACGAGUUCAGUUGGGACGCUGUCACAUGUUUCAGGUCAUCUUAACAAAUCAAAUGAAAGAGUGAAUCCACUUUAUAUUCAGGAAGCAGUAGCUCUCUUGCAAUCUGCAGCUAAGGCUGUUGGGAAGAAUAACGUUCUUAAAGAUAUUUCUGUACACAGACAUAAGAAAGUGAGUCGCAAUCUCGAAGCUGUGUCACUUGUUCUGUCCAAGUUGUAUUUUUCUUGGAAACAGGAUAAGUUAAUAAGCUCCUCCCGGGUUAAUCCAUCAAUUCUUAUGUGGGACACUCUCAAGUAUUCCCUUGUAUCAAUGGAAAUUGCUGCUCGUAGUAAGACUGAUAUGAAUCCCAGUAUUGGCCUUAAUACAUUGUAUAAGGAGCUUAAAACUUCUGGUGGUUUUGUAUUGUCUUUAUUGCUAAAAGUGAUCCAUAGCGUUAAGUGUGAGGAUUCUCUCCUUUUGCUUCAAAGAUUAUGCGGUAUUCAAAGGUUUGCAGAUUCCAUCUGCUCUGGAAUGUCAAAUGAAAAUGCUAGUGACUCAUGUGGACGAGGUAUCCUCCACAUCUUGACCAGCCUUCGUUCAGAAUUGCCACAUUUUGAUAGUCAGUUCUUGAGCAGAGGAUCUGAUCCUGUUAUUGCCCAUGAUCCAUUCGCAUCGUUGAUGUGGGUUCUCUUUUGCCUUCCUUUCCCCUUUUUGUCGUGUAGGGAAUCCUUGCUUUCCCUUGUGCAUAUCUUCUACCUAGUUUCUGUGACGCAGGCUAUAAUCACAUAUUUCACCAAGUCCCAAUGCAAGGUAGAUGGGUUGGGUUCUAGUGAUUGCUUGAUCACUGAUAUUUGCAAAAUUAUGGGAGAAUCUGAAUAUGCCCGACAGUAUUUUGUUUCAAAUUACACGGAGCCAUCUUGUAAUAUUAAGGAUACAGUACGUAGCUUGACUUUCCCUUUUCUUCGGAGAUGUGCGUUGCUUCUACAACUACUAAGUUCUUCUGCACGAGUGCCAAUUUUUGAUGGAGAGACUGCUUUGGAAACAUAUCUCGUGGGUAACAAUAUGAUUGACAACAUCACAGUGGAACUCAACGAAGUCGAGAAGCUCCAGAAAAUGUUUGACAUUCCUCCAUUGGAUAUUGUUCUUAAGGAUGGAACCUCACGGUUACUUGUUUCAAAAUGGUUUUGUCAUUUUAAUAAAGAAUUUGAAUUUCAGAGAUCAAAAAUUAUAAAGCACUGCACUCCUGCAGUACCCUUUCAAUUAAUUCGUUUACCUCAUGUCUACCAUGACCUAUUGCAGAGGUACAUAAAAAAGCGAUGCACUGACUGCAAACAUGUCAUUGAUGAUCCUGCAUUAUGCCUGAUCUGUGGUAAACUGUGCUCACCAAGCUGGAAAUCAUGUUGCAGGGAAAGUGGAUGCCAAGCUCAUGCAAAUAUCUGUGCUGCCGGCACUGGUGUAUUUUUGCUGAUUAGGAGGACAACAAUUCUACUGCAGAGAUCCGCACGUCAGGCUCCUUGGCCAUCACCUUAUUUGGAUGCUUUUGGCGAGGAGGAUAUUGAAAUGCGUCGGGGAAAACCAUUGUAUUUGAAUGAAGAACGUUAUGCUGCCCUAUCAUAUAUGGUUGCUUGUCAUGGCCUCGAUCGAAGUUCCAAGGUUCUUGGCCAGACUACAAUUGGGUCUAUCUUCAUGAUUUAAUCUAGAGUAUAUUUUGAGGUGAUUCCUUUGGCCACUACCACGGUUCAGAUUUUGCACUUACCUUUUAUAGUUCGUGCUUGAGUUCCUCGUUCUAGUUUGCCUAACAGAGAAGUAUUCUACACCGUGGAGGCGUUGGUAGGGAUAUCGGAUACAGGCUGUGUAGUUAUUGGUUUUCAAGAUUCCGCCCCACAAGAACAAAUUCUCGUCCACAUGUCAUUUCAUAGGGGAGAAAUGGCCCUUUAUUUUCUCUUGUUGAAGCCAGGAUCCAGUGGCCCAGAGGACAUCAAAAAAUGCUUCACCUCUCCAUGAGCAGUGUGGUUGGAAGUAGUUUCGAAGCUGACGUUUGUAAAGUGCUCUUGUAAAUAGCGAGGUCGCCCGGUAUAAUAAUUUUAGUGGCGAAGCAUUGUUUUCAAGUUGCCUUAAUUUCUGAAUCAAGGUUGUUGGCAUCUUUCCAUUUUGGGGGUGGUGAUGGGAGUGGUGGUCAUUUUGUACUUUGUUAAAUCUGGCAGAAUCAAUUUGGAAUCGAUUUCGUGCAAUUAUGUUUGGAAGGGUUGUUCUGCCUAUUUUUGUAUGUAGUUUAAAGUUUAAACGAAUUGUUAGAAAUCAACAUGAUGAAGCGCUUCUAUUGUGCAUAGGGAAAAGUAGAAGGGGAACUUAAUUGUGCAUUUCUAGUCCACUCAAUUUUUUAUUUGUUAAUCUUUAUUGUAAAAUAUCAACAUUCACCUCUUUUUUCUUUUUUCAACUUUUAUCAUACAUCUCCAACUUCCUCCUC